AUGCUUUCAGGCGAUGCCGUCGUAGCCUUCAGCCGCAAGGACAUUUUCAGCAUCAAGAAAGAGAUCGAGAGCAAGACUCCUCACAAGUGCUGCGUCAUCUACGGCUCGCUGCCGCAGGAGACUCGAGCCCAUCAGGCCCGCUUGUUCAACUCGGAAGACACCGGCUACGACGUUCUUGUGGCAAGCGAUGCUGUCGGCAUGGGUCUCAACCUGAACAUCCGAAGGGUCGUGUUUCACGCUGUUUCUAAGCGGACCGGCGGUGGGAGAGCCGCCGUCAAGCUGCCCCCGACCAUGCUCAAGCAGAUUGGGGGGCGUGCUGGUCGACACGGCAAGCAGUGGGAGUACGGCGAGAUAAUGAACACACCGCUUGAGCCGAUCCCGAAGGCCGCCAUUUUUCCCAGCGUGCAGCACAUGCAGGAGUUUUCGAACUGUCUUGACGAGACGGAAGCGGAUAAUCCGGAGGGCCAGGAACGCCGGCGACUAGCCGAGACAUUUGCAGCCUUCGCUGACAAGGCCAAAGUGGGGGACAGGUACUUCUUGGGAACGCACGACCAGCACCAGGCGCUAGCGAACGCCUUGCACCCCGUCGAAAACCUGACGCUCAAGGAGCGCUACGCCAUCUCCAUGGCCCCCAUCAACGGCCGGAACACCCUCCUGGUGCGUGCUAUCUUCCUCUUCGCGACCGCUCACGCAGCGGGCCUCCCGGUGUUCAUCAACAUGCAACUCCCUCCUAAGGGGACUCUGCCGAAGUCGAUGACCGAGUUCCAGACCCUGUGCUCGAAGCACAACGUCUUGGACUUGUACCGGUGGAUGGGGGUCCGCUUUCCGUCGAUCGAGUGCUUCACCGAGAAGAGCGUAGCGGAGAUACAACGGGUGGAGCUGGAGUCGAUGAUCAACGAAGCCCUCAAGAGAAGGAUAGCGGUCACGGGACCCGACUCAAUCAGCGUUCCAGAGCACGACACGUACAGCAAGAAGCUGCUGAGGGCCUUGAACAGCCCAAGCGGCGGCGAUGUUCUUGACGCCAUCGGGCAAAGCGGUGCUGCCGAGGAAGAGGAGGAGGGGGAGGGGGUGGAGUACAUGUUGUGA